CCCAUCGCCGGAUCCAACUCUACCUUAGCUUUAACUUAGUCCCUGCUCUAGUGUCCCAUACAGGGGGGCAAAACUCCCCUCCAUCCUCCAUCCGGCUGUGAAUUUUUCUCCCAUCAUGCAGCUGGGUUUGCAUUAAAUCCUCUUGAUUUCUCUCGACGCCUGCGUUGAUUUCGUUCAUCUGCUGGGUUCAGUUUUGAUCUUCGUUUGCGCCAGUUCGCAGACCUCUAUCAGUCUAUCAGCAUGGCGGAUACCAUGCGCGACGAGGAGAAGGGCAUCCGCGCCCCUCCGGCCGUCGAGUCGUUCUCGGUCCCCUCGGAACAUGACAAGGAAAUGUCUGCUUUCCCAUCCUCGGAGAGUGCCUGGACGAGGUUCAACGAUCGGAUUCAGUCCAUCAAGUUCCUCGAAAGGCGUGGUAUUGAGCGUGUGCCCGAGUCGGAGCGUCAUGCCGCCUCCGCAUCCCACUAUAUGCAGAUGACCCUGCUCUGGUUCAGCACCAACAUCACCGCCAACAACAUUGCCGUGGGUAUGUACGGUCCACUGGACUACUCUCUGGGAUUUGUCGAUGCAUCGCUCUGUGCUGUGUUCGGUGCUUUGCUGGGUGCAGCGGGUGUGGCGUACAUGGGUACCUUUGGACCACAGAGUGGUAACCGUACCAUGGUUGUUGCGAGAUACUUUAUGGGAUACUACCCGAGUAAGAUUUGCUGUCUGCUCAACAUCAUCAUCAUGCUGGGAUACGGAAUGAUCGACUGCCUCGUGGGUGGCCAGGUGUUGUCUGCGGUGGCGGAUGGUGGAAUGACGGUGGUGGUCGGGAUCAUCAUCAUCGCCAUCAUCACGUGGAUUGUCGUCGUGUUUGGUAUGGCGCCUUUCCAUGUCUACGAGCGAUGGGCCUGGGUGCCUCAGCUCAUUGCCAUCUUCGUCUUGGUCGGCAGUGCUGGGCCCAAGUUCGACACCAACAUUUCUUCCACUGGCGACACCCAGACCAUCAACGCCAACCGUCUUACCUUCUUCUCGCUUUGUCUCUCCAGUUCCGUGGCCUGGGCCCCGGCUGGCGCUGACUUUUUCGUCUACUUCCCUCCCAGCACCUCCAAGUGGAAGACGUUUAUCAUGACCUUCCUGGGUGUUGGCCUGGCGCUCUCCUUCGCCAACGUCAUGGGUAUUGGUCUCGCCAGUGGCACUCUGACCAAUCAGUCCUGGGCGGACGCCUACAAUACCUCCUCUGGAGCUCUGAUCCUGGCUGGCUACGAGGGACUGGGCGGAUUCGGCAAGUUCAUGGGUGUCAUCGUCGCCCUGGGUCUGAUCGCCAACAACAUUCCCGGAACCUACUCUGCCACCCUGGGCUUCCAGAUCAUGGGUCGUCACCUCGCCCGUCUCCCCAGAUGGCUUCUCUCCUGCAUUGGUGUGAUCAUCUACACUGCCUGCGCCCUGGGUGGCCGGAACCACCUCUACGACAUUUUCGAGAACUUUCUCGCCCUGAUGGGCUACUGGGUGACCAUCUACCUGACCAUCGCCCUGGAGGAGCAGUUCAUUUUCCGCCGCACCAUUGGCUUUGACUGGGAUGCCUGGGCCGACCGGUCCAAGUUGCCGAUCGGAUUUGCUGCUCUCGCCGCGUUCCUGAUCGGAUGGGCGGGCGCGAUUGUCUGCAUGGACCAGAUCUGGUAUGUCGGACCGAUCGCCAAGAUGGUUGGAUCGGAUGGUGCGGAUCUGGGUAUCUGGGUGGGUGUGUCGUGGGCGAUGCUGGUGUAUCCCCCGCUACGGUGGUUGGAGCUGAAGAAGAUCGGUCGGUAAAUGAUGGGUUUGAGUAAUGGUGAUGGGGUUUCCUUGUGUUCGAGACAGGAGGACGACGAAAAGAUGUAUAUGCCUAAUCGAUGUUUAUAACGGUGGAUUCGACUCCGAUAAUGUGUGAUGCUAGAACAAUCAAUACACUGAUUACUACGUU